AUGCUGAUUGGAGCAGCAGAAAUUGGUGGGAUGAUGGAUAGCAGCAAGAGAAAAGGUGUCAUGCCAUCCUGUGGCGAUGCUGCCAAGAUUACAGCAGAGGUGUUCCCAAGCAACAAGAGGAAGAAGGCCGUUGUAUCUCUCUGUACACUGUUGCUUCCUGAUGCCAUGAUGUUGGAGGUGCUACUUCGGCUCCCUAUCAAAUCCAUUCUCCGCUUCCGGGCUGUCUGCCGCUCUUGGGCUGCACUCUUCUCCUCCAAGGAUUUCUGCAGCCUACGCAUGGCCAUCUCUAAGGAGCUGCCACAAGCACCAAAGCUACUCAUGCUUGUCUCGCCCACAACAGGACUGAACUCCACCGCAAUGUACUCAUGCUCGCCGUCAGGCUCCAGAGACGAUUUACUCUUCACCGUCGACACCGCACGCCGCAAUUCCAUGGGAAUAGUGACGCCCUCUCCAUGCCAUGGACUCACCCUUCUAUAUGAUGAUGCCGCGCCAGCUUACUAUGUUUGCAAUGCAGCCACACGGGCAAUCACACGUCUGCCGCCUCACUGUACUCCACCAACAUAUCGUUCCACUGCCGGACUUGGAUUUGAUGCCCGGACUAGGGAGUACAAGGUGGUGAGGUUGAUCACUGGGCGUUGCGGUGACAAGGAGAGGAACAAGUGUGAAGUGUACACGCCUGGAGCUGCUUGCUGGAGGCCGGCGGCCGGUGGAGGAGUGCCUUUCAGGUUGUACAGGUAUGCAAUUUCUGCAGCUAUACAUGCGGCGACGCAGAAAGUACCACCGGUGUUUGCCAACGGAUUACUACACUGGUUCAUCGGUCCUUCCCUUAUCGCCGCAAGGACAAGAGCUCCCAUCUUAACAUUUUCCUUGACGGACGAGACCUUCGGAUGUGUCCGAUCACCCCCACCCUUCUGGACAUCAGAAGUGCACCUGCACUACGGGUCAGAAAAAGAACACCUGGUUGUGAUGGAUGACCACCUGUGCAUGGUCCGUGACCUUCGCAAUACAAUCCCUCGUGAUGGCACUUUGGAGAUCUGGAAACUGCUGGAUUAUAGCCCUGGUGAAUGGUCACUCUAUCAUCGAAUUCAUUUGUUCGGCCACGUGGGAAUAUAUUUGCUUGAUGUGAUGGCUGUGAGGGUUGUUGGACUCAUUGGCGGCUGUAGGUCAGGGAAGAAGAUAGUCAUUGCUUCUAGCAAAGACAAGUUCGCCGGCCAGUUUGAGCAGAAGCUUCACACCUAUGACCCUAGGUGUCAAGCUCUAGAGACCAUCCUCUCCAUAACCGAGACACACACACAUACCAGGCCUGCUUCAACAUUCAGUUUAUUUGAUGAAGAGAGCCUUGUUCAAGUGCAUAGUAAACCAAUGGAUAGCUAG